CUGUGCAUGUAAAGUUAAGCUAAGUGGUGCAUUAAAAAAACCACAGGUAGGCAUGGUGGUCACAUGGCAUGACGUCAUGCGGUCAUAUUAGGUGAUCCAUCACUUCCUGUCGAUCUGAUUCCGCAGCUGUUGUGAAUCUGCGAUAUUCUGCAUUGAGACGUCCAAGAAAAUGGCCAAAAUAUCCGGUUUGUGACAUCGCUGAAAGCCGAUGUGAAACAGGUCAGCAGUUUGAGUGAAGAAACUUUCCAAAGAGGUACCUAUAUGCGAUAUCAAGUCUAGAGUUGAAGCAGAAUGUCUUCAAAGAGAUUCCCAUUUUCAAAGGAUGCUAGGAUGAUGUGAAGUGUUUUCAGCUGCCACCAUCAACACCACAGCUGCCAGGGACACCAAGGAGCCUCAAUGGGAAAGUGCUUCUCCAGCUGUACCCAGAACAGUGGCUCAGACAGUCAUGGCAAGACCAAGUCAGGCCUGCCGUUCCCGGACAAGAGUGCCACCUUGACGGCUAGAACCUCCUUGCCUGACACCGAAAGUGCCCCGCCCCUUGUGCCCAAACGUGAACCCAUCGUUGCAUCCACCAACACCAACACCACCACCCCCCCUGCACCCACAACUCACCACCUCACCAUGGAGCAGCAGCCGUUGCGCAUCUCAAAUGGAUCACACCGAUACUCGGAAAGGUCAAAGGGGAUGGCCACCCGCAAUGGACUGGAUGGAGUGACUCGCCAGUCCAAGUCGGACUAUUCUGAGAGCAAAGUGAACCGGUUGUUUGAGCGGUACCGGGACAGUACAGAGGAUGCCAUCCUUGCUGAUGGCAUGGAGCGAUUCUGUCUGGAUCUGCAGGUCAAUCCGGCUGAAUUCAUCGUUCUAGUCCUUGCCUGGAAGUUUCAAGCCUCCGCAAUGUGCCGCUUCACCCGGACUGAGUUUGUGAAUGGCUGCCGUGCGCUCCGGGCGGACUCUCUCAAAGGCAUCAUGAACAAGUUCUCAGACCUCAGGAAAGAGGUGAAAAAUGAAGCCACCUUCAAGGACCUUUACCGCUUCACCUUCAACUUUGGGCUGGACGUGGAAGGCGGACAGCGUUCCCUCCCGUGCGACAUGGCUGUGCCUCUAUGGAAGCUUGUCUUCUCACAGCGGCAGGUGACAAUCCUUGAUCGCUGGUGUGACUUCCUGUUGGAUCAGCAGGUGCGCGGCAUAUCUCGGGACACUUGGCAGAUGUUCCUGAACUUUACCGAGGUCAUCGGCGAUGACCUGAGCAACUAUGAUGACAACGAGGCGUGGCCAAGCCUCUUUGAUGACUUUGUUGAGUACGAGAACGAAAGACAGGCCCGUAAACAGCAGGAAAAGCAAAGGACAGAGAAUGUAGAUGAUGGUUAUGAUGACAGCGAAGGAGUAAUGGUGUGAAAACUAACCAGCAGGCACCUUUCAGAUGAGGAGUUUUUGAUCAAUGUUGUGAUUAUCUUCUCUACAGGUAUAACUAGUGGCUUGGGCAGUACUUUCUGCUUGCAUACAUGUGCAGGUUUCUUAACCAUUCAGGUGUCGGCAUUAGUAAGCAAGAGGUUGUAGAGUUUCAACUCCCGCUACAAUGGUGCCAUUCUAGUAAGAAACACCAUAAAGGGAAAACCUUGUCUCGUUGUGUAAACCACUUGUAAAAUAAGAAUAUUAAUUUAUAGCAUCAAAGUUUUUACCGUACAUUGGUAUAACAUGUAUCUAUAAUUGUCUGAGUAAAUAUUUGGAAGUGGUAUGGGUUUUUUUCCCCACUCACAACAUAGCGACUCAGCAAGCCUUUUUAUUUUAGUAGCAAGGCAAUUAGUUUUGUACAAAGGCAUUAACAUCUCAAUGGAGAGUGAUUGAAACUAUGUUAUGUUUACUUACUUUAGCAAAUGUAGCAAAUGCUACUAAAAGACCUUGGGUGUGUUCGGUAAUAUUGCAGGUUCCUCUUGACUCAGAUGUAGGCAGAUCUGAAAGUACUGGUACCGGUAGCCAUAGAAUAGCAAAGGACAUCAGUUUUGGACAAAGCCUACAUACAUGUACACGUACAUAAAGAUGUACCGUAAGUCGUGUUAACCCUAACACUAACAGUAGUGGUGGGAGAAGUCAGAGAUUUCAAAAUCGGUGUUCCUCAUUUUUUCAAACCGAAUAACGUAAGUCAUGUAACGUAAAGUAAUAAUGUAAGUCAUGCCCACAAAAGUGACGAGUAAGGCGCUGCACACAAUACCCUCCACAAUGAUUGGGUAUGUACGGUAGUUUGCAGGAUUCAAUGACCACUGGGCCUUUACAAUGAGAAAGCAUGGAGCAAAUUGGGGGGUAUAUUCUAGGGUCGUUUUGUUUAGCUUGUGUCACAAAACAGAAGCUUCGAAUAUAUCCAGUCUCCAACAUCCAAACGGAAAAGUGGAAGUCAAACUGAAUUUCAAAAUAUCCGCAUUUCAAUGCCACCCAAAACUGCCAUCCAAACCAGGGUUUUAAAGAAACGCAACUUGCAAUGCACGACAGCUCAUAAUGCAAUCCGAGUUGGGGUAUUUCUGGUCAGCAGAUGGCAGCAGACAAACUCAGUGCUGACAGUGCAUGAGCACGUAUAGUUGCACAGAGACUGUCUGUUGAUUGAGCGAAAGCAUUGUAUGACCAUGGAGCCAUGGUAUGACCAUCCCAAUAUCUGCCAUUAGAGUUUCUAUGCAUUUGGAACAUUUACAAUGUUAUCCUAAACAUUUGAAAGUUUGUGAGCAGUUGCCCUUGUUCAAUUGAAGAUGCUGUCUUGAGAAUGUCCAAAGUCACUAUUAAAGUGGUCUUGAAUACAUGAAUUUUUGCGUCACACAUAAUAUACAAUGUACCUGUAUAUCCUUUUGCUGUUAUUUUCAGAAAUGGACGGAGUUAGGGGGUACAUGUAAGUAUUUUAUUGCAAAUAUCGUUCCUCUGACCUGUUUAAACUUUUUGGUUAAUGGAUGCCAGAAAAAAAAGAAGGCUGUUCGUGUAGUCUGGUUCCCUGAGCCGACAAGCUGUAAAAUGCAACAUUUUAUGGUCAGGUGAGGGAACCAGACUACAUGUACGUAGCUGGCUUGCGCCCAUUCACAGAUUUGUAACCUAUUGCAAACAAAAUGUGGAAUUACUAAAUUAAGUCAAUUGUGGGCAGUACUUGGAGAAAAAAAAACAUGUUUUUUCCAAAGGAUGGUUCGGCCGAACCAGUUGUUGGAAAAUGAUACAAAAUUCCACUUUUCUUGAAAAUCACAGCAUACCACGCACAAAGAUUUCACAGGAUGCUUGAGACAAUUAGUUACUUACAAGUUACAGUCAAGUAAGGUAUUUCAUAAUAAUUUGGUAGUUUCGUUUGUCAAUUGAUGUUGUACAUUGCCUUUAAUGCAGCACCCUAUUGGUAGCUGUACAUGUACAUGUACAUGUACAUGCCUAGGUGUUUAAAUUACCACAGGUUGACUCCUACAUGUACAUCAUUGGUCCAUUGGACUUUAGACUAUGGAAGCCUAUGGAAGCAGCUGCAGCCACUUCUCAUAGACCCGUGUGUUAUAUCCAGCCAUAGCCAAGUCAUCUGGAUGCGGCGUCACAGGUAUCAGAUUUUAAGUGGUUAUCUGCAAUAAGCCGGAGAUUCGAACGCAUUAUUGUCAGCGCUUGACGCUCAUUCAGAGAUGCAACUGGUUUAUGUGACACUCGGAAUAAAAUCAGUCGUGCGUACAUGUACUUUGAAAGUGGUAAAAAUGCGACAUCUAUUGUUUAUGCACGGAGCCCAUAAUUAUGGCUGUGUUCAAUUUAUGGCUACAGCUGCCUUUAGGUGUAUACGGUACAUGUACAUGUACCGGUAUAUAUGUAUUUGUAGUUUGUGUACAUGCGUCCAUGGGAAGUGGAUUGAGCAGCGUCCAUACCUUUGCAUGUGUUAUUGCUAGCCAUAGUCAUGUACGUAAUUUGGACCCUGCUGCCUACAUGUACAUGUAAUGGCAAAGGAAACAAGGGAACGGAGGAUCCAUGGUUUACUUGCUGAAAAAAAAGAUAUACAUGUGUACAUGAACACUUGUCUCUUUGCCAACAUAUUUCAUUGGUACAGGUGUACAUUUUCCCCGCUGACCAGUAUUCAAUACAUGCGGCUGUCAAAACCAUUGAGCUAGCUCUAUGCUAAAACUGAGCAGUGAUUUGGCCGACAAGACCUUGAAUUACUGUCAAGAAAAUAUCCAGGGUGAACAGGGACAGUCCUGCAUGUGGCCUAGUUAACGGCAAUUAUAAACCAAUUUGCCUGUUUCUCAGAUACAGUUGGAGGAGGCUGUGGUAUGAAUUCAAGGUUUGAAUAACUGUGCUGGUCUCGUGGUUACAGCCAUGUUGCAGUAAGACAGUCGGUUGAUUUUCCAACAUCAGUUAAUGGAAAAUUAUUUUGUCAUUUGGCAUGUCUGAAAAUUUAGUACGGUAGAUGAAAUGAUUGGCCUGCAGUUCAUUCUGUUCCUAAAGUUCUUAAUAUCUAGUGAACAGUUGCCACAUUUGUCAUCCUUGUAGACUUUUAAAAAAAAAGCAUUACAGAAAGAAAAUACGAAUUAGCAAGUGUCAUACAUGUACAUGUAUAUCAUAAAUCUUAUUAAGCAAAGUGCUACAAAAUGGUUUGUGUGCUUUGAAGCAAUCAGUUUGGCCAAACGCAGUGCAAAAGGUAACAAAGUUCUUAUUGGUUGGCCGUCUGGUUAAAAUGCACAACCUACAUGUAGUAGAUGUGAAGUAAAUGUAAUUUGAACUGUUUGUCAUGAAAAAUAUCCACUUUGAUCACAGUGCCUUCCACUUUUACACUUCGUUAUUUUAGAAGGUUUUUUGCCGUUAUGAAUAUGAAGUACAUGUAUGUGUACACUGUACACGAAAAGAACUAAAUACAGCGAUUAACACGAUAACAUACUGUUAGCAUAAUGCAUUGUAAAGGCCCCCCCCCCCUCCCCAAUUAACAUUUAGAAUCCAAGUCGCAAAUUUAUAAACUAGCAAAGUUGUAUACAAAAUGCAUUCAUGAAUAUUUUUUUAACUGAUGUUCUUUGGGACGUGCUGCUACAUUUAUGUACAGUGUUGGACUAACAUAUUUUAAAAGUAUGAUUAAAGGCUGUAAUUGUAGGCUUAUUCUUGGGGGGAAAAAGAUGCAACUGUCCUUUAGAAAGAGAAGCUUGGAGGCACCAAAGAUGUGAUAUCCUCACUUGGCUAAUUUAUGGCCUCUAGUACAUCCGAGCUCGUGUUUGUGGCUUGUAAAAUUAGAGCUGUAUAUUCAGUGUUUGUAGUGAUAACAUGCAAAUAUGGCUUGUGUCUGGGGAUUUAAAUCUAGUGGACUUUUUUUUUUGUACUAGCCACAAUAUUUGAAUUUAAUACUAGUCAGUACAGCAGUGCCAAAAUAACUUUCUAUAGGGUCUAUUUUUAGCAUGUGGCCUGUAAAACAAAGGCCACAAUAGAGGUGAGAUAAAUCUGGCCACUAAAUAAAACUGGCAAUACCGGUUUCUGGUCUGGUAUAAAAACUAGUGAACGCAGUGUUAAAGCCAUGUUGUUAAAGGCCAUUCAAAACAAAAAAAUGAAAGGAUGACGCAACAUGGCCUGCUUCGUGUUAUGAUUCACUUCUGUGCAAUUAGUGAAAUGCAAAGUAAAUUUGUAAGGGGCAUUUUCUGUAUACUCUUUUGUGUUGCAUUUUUCUUGAAGGAUAGCGCCAUGUGUCCAUUAGUCUCGUUUGUACUAUAGAGUUACUUUUAGAACAUGUACCUAGAUGUCGUAGGUAUCGUAAUUAUGACGAAUCAACAAAACAGGGUGACUCACUUCCUCUGUAAAAAAAAAAAUCCAAGCCAAAACAAAUUGUUCCUGUGGCAGCAUCUUGAAAUUAUUUUUGAUAAAAAAAGACAACAGAAAUUGAGGUGCUUGUCUCUUAUUCUGAAGCGUGGAAAUGUUUACAGCGAAGUGGAAAAGAAAUUGUGCUGUAUUUGGUUUUAAAAAAAAAAUGUUGUUUAUGGUUGGAGGUAUACUUUGGUAAAUGCUACUGUUUUGUAUGGUAACAACAUGCUAAAGAAUAAAUGAUUGCAGAUUAUGUAAA